AGUAUCGUAAAUAGUAAAACAUGCUACAUAAAAAUGUAAAAUUGAAUGUGAUUAUAAAUAUUGAAUUAUAUAUAUUGAAUAACAUAAUUAAUGAAAAUACAUAUUGAAAAAAUUAGUAUACAAUUAAUUAAAAAAUAAAUAUAUAAUAAUAAUUGGCACAUAUAUAUAAUUAUUACAAUUAUUGUUUUGUAUAAAUGAAAUAAAUGAUUACACAUUUGAAUAUUUCAUUUUUUGUUGUUAAUAAAGUUAAUUUAAUUGAACAUUAAUAUUUUAAUUAAUAUAAAUACCAAUUUUAUAAUAAUAAAUAUUUUCAGAAAUAAUUUUAAUUUUAUAAAUGUAUAUAAUAUAUUAAUAAGAAAAAACAUAAUUUGAAUCCUUGUUUCAAACAAUCAUUAAAAAUUAUUAUAUAUGAAUGUUAUCAGAUCCUAUUUUUAUAUAAAUGAAAAAAAAAUAUAGAAUGGGGUGCAAGUAACGUUUUAUACGGCAGUGUAAGUUGCGUCGUUGGCAGCAGAACGAUGAAGAGCAGAGGGGGUUAGAAGUUUGCAUCGUUGUGGCGUUGCAGCUGUCCGCCAUUGCUAGGGAGUUAACUUGGAUACUAGGCUAGGCGAGGAUCUCGGUGCUUACCGUGUGCCCCCUCUCCCUUUCAUCGUGGAAAAAACUAUUUAGUGAUUUCGUGUUACGAUUUUGGGUAUUUUGAGAUCCGGGCGAUUUCGAAUUGGUCUUGAUUCGAAAGGAAUGGAGAAGAAGAGGCAACCAACAAUGAUUACGACCAGCGAGACUGUGUUACAUACCAAUCUUCUAACGACGACUGGUCAGCGUCUUACUCCAACAGGAAAAAUCAGCCAUGCCAAGACGCGUGUCUAUACGCAACGAUAUCGUAAAGAAUGGGAACAAAUGCCUGAUUUUAAAGGAUGGUUGACAUCCGUACCAUUUCAACCAACACGUGCCUACUGUAUGUAUUGCAAGAAAAAUCUUCAUGCGCAUCGACUGUCUUUGUUAAAACAUACAUGUACGAUGAAACAUCAACGUGCAGCUCUAUUACACGAAGCGGAAGAAAAAAAGAAGGCUGCAGCCCGAAAGGCAAAUAUAGGAGAAGAGGUUGAAGUAGAAGAAGUUGAAGAAAUUGAGGCUAUAGAACAUACUCAAACUGAAAUAGAAGAAAACGAAGAUGAAGUGGAAUAUGUUGUUGAAAGAUUAGAAACAGAUGAUGAAUUAGAUGAGGCACAAAUAAAAGAUCCAAGUGAAGAUGUUGGAGGUGAAGUUGAAGAUGAAGAAGAAGAGGAAGAAGAAGAAGAUGUAUCACAUUUGCAAAUGCCUUCUGAUGAAGAAGAUGUUAAACAUUCUAUAAAAAAAAUUAAAAUAGAAAGAGUGGAAAAUUGUGAGGAUUCUUUGACUGAGGCUAUGGAUCAUAUGCAAAGUGAAUAUCUAGAAGAAACAGAUAAUCAUGGAACUGUACAAAUGGAAAUGGUUGUAGAAUCAGAAGAUCAAAGUAAUUCAGAAAUGCAAGUUGUAUCGAUUCUUCCUGAUACAGAAGAUUCUAAUAAAGAAUCACCAAAGGAAUCGCGCGAAAAUGGAAGAACAAUUCGACGAAAUGACAAUAAAUUCGCAGACAGGAAAUCUGCAAAAUUAUUGCAAGAUGAAUGUAAACAGCAAGGAGAUUCGGGAAUAAUGAUGGCAUGUCCAUUGCCUAUUUUAGGCACAGCUUAUCAAAUUAAUUCUUCGGUUGCAUCUACUACUAAUACAAUUGGUGUACUUCAACCUGUGAAUACAAUUCCUAUUGCACCUGCACAAAAUAAAACGAUUACUUUAACAUCGGGUGGCAAAACUUUAACUUUAACAGGUGGUACAUUUCAGCCUGGUACUCAGUAUGUACUGAGUAAAUUAAAGGGUAAAUUUCCUACGUUGGUAAUGGCUGAUAAGAAAACUGCAAUUGCAGCUAAUCAAGCAGAGGACGCCACAAAAGGCGUUCAAAUAACCAAGGAUCAACUAGCUGUAGCAAGUACUAGUUAUCAAAGUCCGAAAAAACAUGUGCUUUUAAAAACUAUUAAAUCCCCUACGGUUAAAAAGCCUCGUAUUUCUACUCACGUCGUAGAUACAAGUAAAGGUUUACCAAUUGGAGGUUUACAGGUUAGCCUUUAUAAAUUAAUGGAUGGAAGAUGGACUUUUUUAAAUGAAAGUAAUACAAGCCCAAAUGGUCGAUGCGUAGAUUUGGUGGAUAAUAUGAAAGUUAAUUUCACAGCUGGACGUUAUAAAAUUCAUUUUGAUGUUGAUAAAUAUUUUACAUUAAGAAGAAUAGAAACAAUGUAUCCGUUUAUCGAAAUUGUUUUUGACGUAAAAAAUCCUGCUGGACAUUAUCAUAUACCGGUGCUUCUGAGUCCAUUUGGUUAUACCACUUAUCGUGGUUCUGAAAGAUGAAUAUUAAUCAAAUCAUCAUGUCUAUUAGAUAUUUUGUUUCAUUGUAAAAACAUUAAACUUCGUAAAAAUAAAUAUUUUUUACGAUUUAAAGUACAAAUUAAAACUAAUACAUUAAUCGUGUUUUCACGAAUAAUAUGUGAUUAAGUAAAAAAAAAAACUAUUUUUAGGUUCGUAUUUAACAGAAACAGAAAAAGAUAUAUAAAUAAAAAUGUAAUCAAAAAUUUAUAUAAAUAGGUUUUAGGAUAUGUGUAUAUGUGUGUAUUAAUAUAAAUUGAAAGAUUAUUAUAAAAAGAUGGGUGGGUAAAUAAUAAUCAUUAAUAGGAUUAUUAAAUUGUAAUGCAAGAAUCUGUGAAAAAAUAUAUUUUAUUUCUUAGUUUAUAAAAAUUUAAUAUGUUCAACAAUGCAUUAAUAAUUGCUAACUACUUUGCGAUUACUCGAAUAGAAAAUAUUUUCUAUGACAGAAAGAUAAUAUUCGAGUAAUGCAUUAAUGAUCAAUGAUCUUCCUGAAAAUUAAUUGAUUCUAAGAUGAUCAUGGGAUCAUUGACUUACUUUAAAAGCAUCUAGGUUAUUGCAUUGACCGAUAAAUUAUAUAAAGUAAUUAAGAAGGAUAAUAUAAAAUAUCGAUAAAAUUUUUGUUCAAGAGGUCAUGAUGUUGAAUUGUAAGAAAAAAUUUAUAAUUCAAAAUUUACUUUUUGAUUUAUAAAAUCAAUAAAAAAAAUUUUUAUUCAAAA